AAAUUUUCAUACUACAAACUGAUUACAUGUACAUGGUAUUACCAACUCUUUUACUUUCAAAAUUAUUAAAAUAAUAAAGUGGUUUAAACGCAUUAGUAGAGUGUUGUAGUCUUUCACCCUAGCUAGCGACCAGUUAUAAAUUUCACACUUCUAGAGCCACCGUCGUUACUAGCUAGACUCCUGUCUCCCAUUUUCCAGUCAUUGUAGAAAGAAAUAUGGGGGAGAAGAGUAAGAUCUUGGUCAUCGGAGGAACUGGUUACAUCGGAAAAUUCAUCGUUGAGGCCAGUGUCAAGUCUGGCCACCCUACUUUCCUCCUCAUCAGGGGAUCCACGCUCUUAAAUCCAUCCAAAUCCUCCAUGCUCGACUCAUUUAAGAAAUCCGGCGUUACCUUCAUCACUGGCGAUUUGUAUGACCAUGAUAGCCUGCUGAGCGCAGUAAAGCAGGUAGAUGUAGUGAUCUCGACAGUCGGUCCCGCGCAAUUUGGUGAUCAAGUUAACAUCAUUGCCGCCAUCAAAGCAGCUGGCAAUGUCAAGAAAUUCUACCCAUCGGAGUUCGGAAAUGACGUGGAUCGUACUCAUGCAGUGGGUCCGGCUAAAACAGCUUUCGCAACUAAGGCUCAAAUUCAUCGUGCCAUUGAAGCCGAAGGAAUCCCUUAUACGUACAUAGUUAACAAUUGCUUUGAUGGUUACUUUCUUCCGAGUUUGGCACAGCCUGAAGCCACCGCUCCUCCGUUGGAUAAGGUGGUUAUCUUCGGCGAUGGUGAUACGAAAGCUGUUUUCAACGAGGAACAUGACAUUGCAACCUACACAAUUCAAACUAUUGAUGACCCAAGGACCCUAAACAAAAUCGUUUACAUCAAGCCUUCGUGUAACGUUUACUCAUUGCAUGAGUUGGUGUCGUUAUGGGAGAAAAAGAUCGGAAAAACCUUGGAGAGGGUAUAUCUGUGUGAAAGCCAAGUUUUGAAGAACUUAGAGGAAUCUACUGCCCCACUAAAAAAGAAUUUGUCGAUUUGGCACUCCGUCUUUGUGAAAGGAGAUCAAACAAACUUUGAGAUUGAACCAUCAGUCGGGGUCGAAGCUUCAACGCUUUAUCCAGAUGUUAAAUACAUUACAGUUGACGAAUAUCUAAGCCGUUUUGUUUGAUACAUUAUCGUUAGUACAUAUUACAUAAUAUCAUCAGGUGUGAUUAUAGUGAUCGAGCUUAAGACGGAUAUUCCGUUUUGUUUGAUACAUUAUCGUUAGUACAUAUUACAUAAUAUCAUCAGGUGUGAUUAUAGUGAUCGAGCUUAAGACGAUGUGUUUUGUGAGUGAUUUUACUUUGUAGACCUUUUGUUUUUUGUUUUGUUCAUAAUAAACAAAGACUUUGAG